UGAUUCUGAUAGACUCAGGAAGGUAACAUGGUGCUCUCUGCUGAAGACAAAGCCAACCUCAGGACUGUCUGGGACAAGAUUGCCGGUCGAGCUGACUAUGGCGCCGAAGCCAUAGGAAGGAUGUUCGAGAGCUUCCCCGCCACAAAGACCUACUUCCCUCACUUUGAUACAGGCAAGCACUCCCCCCAGAUCCAGGCUCAUGGCAAGAAGGUAAUUGAUGCGCUUACUGUUGCUGCAAACAAUAUCGAUGACCUGCCUGGUGCCUUGUCCGCGCUAAGUGACUUGCACGCCCACAAGCUGCGUGUGGAUCCCGUCAACUUCAAGCUCCUGAGCCACUGCCUGCUGGUGACCUUGGCUAGCCACCACCCUGCUGAUUUCACCCCUGCGGUGCACGCCUCUCUGGACAAAUUCCUUGCCUCUGUGAGCACCGUGCUGACCUCCAAGUACCGUUAAGCUGCCACCUGCUGGCCUUGCCUGCUGCCCAGGCCCUUCUUCCCUCCCUUGCACCUGUACCUCUUGGUCUUGAAUAAAGCCUGAGUAGGAAGAA